GAAUUAGAGUCUAAAAUCUAAAAAAUAAUUGGUAUAAAUGAUAAUAGAUGUAGUUAAGUGGCGCAUUAUAACACUGUCUUAUAGUUGUUACACAACUGGCGUUGAUGUGCAACUCGUCUUUAAAGCCUGAUUUAUUUUUAAUUUUUGUGUGUGUGUGUGUGUAUUAAUUAUAUUUACGAGCAGUUGUUGAAAAUAAAAGGGUUGUGCAAAUAAAAGAAAAGCCUUGUCAGCUGCAGGAUGUGCAUGAUUGGCAUAAUUUAUUUUGCAGACAUAAAAUCGGUGACGUAGUGUGAAGUCCAACACAAUCAAGGUUAAUAAAAACUAUCUCGCUUAUCGACGCGAAUGGGACUCGAUCGACGGCAGCUCGGUUAAAAGCCCUCGUCGGUGCGGUCGCAGCAUGACACUGGGCUCCAGGGAGGGUAUCGGCGUGGAUGGCAGGAGGAAUCCGACCAGAAAGCCCGGAGGAGACGAGGAGGAGAGCGGAGAGCAGGCGAGCGAGGAGCGCAGUACAAAGGGAGACGACGACGGGCUGGAAAUCCUUAAUCCAUCAGCCCCGGGUCUGAGCCCCGGUUCAACCCCGGCCCUGCCCGCCUCCUCCCCGCAGAACCGGACCGUGGAGCCCCAGACGCCUCCGUGCCACCACGACCAGCAUCAUUUCCUCCGAUCCAGCGUCCGACCUCCGAGCAAGAGGAUACGGAAGGAUUCAAUCGGCUCCACCAUCAAUGGACAUGGCGGGGCGACGAAAUCAAAAGGGGCAGAGAACGGCUCCUCGUCCCAGGCGGCGGUGGGACAGUCGGGGCCCGUGGCCGGCUCCACGUCGGGGGUGUCCAAGGCCUCCAAGAGCCACGGGUCCGCGGAGAAGGAGGAGCAAUCGGGAAACCAGAAGAGAGCCCGGCGGCAGUGGGAGUCCUGGAGCGCCGAGGACAAAAACAGCUUCUUCGAGGGGCUCUACGAGCACGGGAAGGACUUCGAGGCGAUCCAGAACAACAUCGCAAUGAAGUACAAGAAGAGAGGGAAACCGGCCAACAUGGUGAAGAACAAGGAGCAGGUCCGUCACUUCUACUACCGCACCUGGCACAAGAUCUCCAAACACAUCGACUUCGCCAACGUUUACUCCAGAGUGCUGAAGAAAUCUUCCCAGGAGCUGUACGGUCUCAUCUGCUACGCCGAGCUUCGCAAAAAAGUCGGAGGACUAAUGGACGAUAAGAACGUGGCAAAGCUGAACGAACUCAUCCAGCAAGGGGCCACCACCGUGCGCUCCAAAGGGAGGAACCUCCGAAUCAAAGCGCCCAUGUGCCGCGCCCUGAAGAAGCUCUGCGAUCCAGACGGAGUGAGCGAUGAAGAGGACCAGAAGCCGGUGCGUCUCCCUCUGAAGGUGGCGGUGGAGCUGCAGCCGCGCAGUAACCACUCCUGGGCCCGAGUCCAGAGUCUCGCCCACAACCCUCGCCUCAGGAUGGUGGUGGAGCUCCACAGGAAAGUCUCCAGCCUCAUCGACUAUCUGAAGCAGAAGUGGGCGUAUCACGACCAGAGGAUUCUGAAGAGCCUCAUGGAGAGGGAGGCUGUAGAGGGCGGCCGGUCCGACGCCACCUCCCCGAGCAGAACUCGUCAGGAGGAGCUGUUUCUCUUCCCGGCUGAGAGCAGCAGCUUGACCACGCUGCCCGGCGUGGCGCGCGUCGUCCACUCCAAGGCGUCCUGCACCGUGCACUGGUUAGAGAGCGGCAAAACUCGGCCUAAUGCCAAGGAACUGCCCGCGGCCCAGAUCCUGGGCAUCCACACGGCUCCGCCGCCUCGGACGGGCACCAAGGCUGCGCGUGGAGCCGUGUUGGGGGAAACCCGUCGGACUGAAGCCCCGAACCUCGACCCGGCACCGGACAGCUCGGCGAAAGUAGAGGAGAAGAAACCUCUUCCUGUCGCCGUUUCCUCUCAGCAGACUGUAGCCAGCAGAGAAGAGGCCGACGGGAUCGGAUCUUCUGAGGCUGGGAAGACGGCGGAGGUGGAGGCCGGCGGCGGCGGCGGCUUAGCAGCGAGCGGCGGGGCUGAAAUCUCAUCCGAUCCGUGCAAAGAGGACCCCAGCACCUCCUCCUCCUCCCCGGAGGCCAACCAGACGCCUCCGGCCAAGCCUCCGGCCGCGGGCCCCGAGGACGCCGUCUCGCAGGGUCCCACGCCGGCCGCCAAAGAGCGCACCGUGGAGCAGAUCCGGGAGGAGGGCUGGAGCUGCCGCGACGCCGACAGCGUCACCCUGGCCGAGCUCUACCUCAUGUUCGGGAAGCCGGGGAAGCUGCAGCUGGAGUACGAGUGGCUGCCGACGACGACGACGACGACGACGACUUCCGGCAACCAGGAGGACGGACAAACGCAGCCCAAACCCUCCAGGACGAACCGAGUGCUGCGCUGCCUCCUCAAGCUGGUGUCCACCGAGGUCAACCCCAAACCUUUGGCUCCAGAGCUGUGCUCCACGGCCACGUCGCCUCUGAAACCCCACCAGGAGGAGCAGCACCAGGCCCUCACCCCCCCAGGGAAGGGUCCCGUAGCGGGGGUCCGCAGCCCGAGCUGUGGCCGCCAGCAGGCUUCGGUCCGAGUGGCCAAGACGCACCUCCCCAACGCCGCCACCUCAGCAGGGGGGCGAAACCUCCCCCGCUCCCUGCUGGGGUCGAGCCCCGGCGGCGGCGGCGGCGGCGGCGACUCCGAAGGCGGCGUGUUCGCGGUUCCCACCACGCUGCCCCCCAACAGCUCACGGCACAACCGAAUGUUCUCCCCCAACAAGGAGGCCGAGCUCGCCUUCAGACAGCAGCUCGACUCCAUCAGCAUGCAGUCAGAUCUGUUCCUGUACAGACAGAAGAAACCUCGGAACAGGCAGCUCCGGAAACCGCUGGUAGUUCAGCGAACGCUUCUACCGAGAACCACAGGAGACACUCCUCAGCACGUCUGCUCCUUCUCCAUCCUGUCCAACUCCUCGGCCACAGGAACGGGAUCUUUCCGGCCGAUCCACACCCGUCUGGCUCCUUCCUCCCGCCCCGUCCCGUCCAAACCUUCCCCUGCGGCGUCCAGCUCCGCCGUCUCCAGCCAGCUCUCCAGUGCCAUCGACCUGGCAGCCAAGUCUGCAGGAAUCAUCCCGGGGAGUCCUGGUCGGGAGCUGGAUUCAGCCGCUCUGCUCACCUCCUCCUCCACCUCCUCCUCCACCUCCUCCUCCACCUCCUCCACUGCUCCUUCUCCUCCUCCUCCUCCUGUCCACGCUGAACCAGACUCACAACUCCCAGAGAACGGUCUUCCUCCGCCUCCGUCUCCAGGCGGCGGCGACUCCCUCCUCUCUCCGCCCAGCGUCGCCUCCCUCCUGGACAUCUCCCUCCCGGGUCCCCCCGAGGAGGCCCUGACCCCCGGGGAACCUCAGACGCACAUCAGCGACUCCAUCAUCGAGCUCGCCAUCAACUCCACCCACUACGGUGAGGAGGCGGCGCUUUCUCCGGCCAAACUGGGGAACGGCGACGGCUCCAAGCUGCUGACGUCGUCGCCCUCCGUCAGCCCGUCCAGAGGCUGGAUCCCGUCGCCGAGCCACGACCCCCAGUGGUACCCGAGCGACUCGUCGGACUCCACCCUGGGAUGCCUCCUCUCCAGCAUGGUGUCUCCUGAUAAGGGCAGGCGCACCACCCUCACCCCCUCCGGCCCCUCCAGCGGCACCGCUUUGCUCGGCCCCAGCCUGCUGGACUGCAACUCCCAUGAUUCCUUUCAAUCCCGCGGCCUUCCUGAUGUGGCAGAAAUGGACUCUCAGCUCGCCUGCAUGAUGAGCGAGAGCAGCGUGGACUACAUCGCCCGCUUCAACGACCUGGCUCAGGAGCUGGCCGUGACCGAACCCUCCAUCCCCCCUCCCUGAGAGGAGAAGAGCCAGACGGGACGGCGCCCCCCACUGGGGAGGAGGCCGUCUGGAAAGGACACGAGCUGUUUGUUUGUUUUUGUUGUUUUUUUCCCCUCCUCCUCCUCCUCCUCCUCUUCUCUCCGUCUCUGGAGAAAGACCAAACCCUUCGGAAAGCCAUCCCUGCCCUGUUUGUUAAAGUGCAAUAAGAACUUUGUUUAAACUUUUUAAGGUAAAAACCGCCCUUUAAAAAAAAAAAAAAAAAACACUUUAGAUGAACGUUUACAAAACACAACCUCAUGUACAGGAAACAAACUAUGCCAUAUCUGAACAAAACAUUUCCACCGAUCUGUCAUGUCUGUAUGUGUGUGUGUGUGUGUGUGUCUGUAUGUGUGUCUGUGUGUGUGUGUGUGUGUGUGUGUCUGUAUGUGUGUCUGUGUGUGUGUGUGUGUGUGUGUGUUUGUUGUACGCUCUAAGAUCCACCCGCAAAAAAAAAAACAAAAAAAAAAAGUGUAAAUCUGCCAAAAAAAAAAUGCCGACCUCUUCACUUCACGUGCUCUUUUAUUGGUUGGAUUUUUAGUCUCGUUGGCAGUAACUCUAAUUUAAUUUAAAAAAGAAACACGAGAAACGACAAAGAAACCUAGAUAUUAUUAUUAUUAUAUAUAAUAUUCUGCUGCGGCUCCUUUACCUGAUUAGCUCAAAACGAACAAAUGACUUGGGUGCUGUUACACUCGGGAAGCGUGUAACUAAAUCAAACACUAAAAGUCUUUAUUCCCUUUUUUUUUUUUGACUCGAGCUGACGAAACACUACGGGUGACGUUAGCGGGACCGGCCUCUCUGAGCUCUUGUUGUCAUUCCACUAAAUGUGAUUUAAAAGUUUCCUCCAGCACCUUCGACUUCACUCCCUGGUUUAAUGAUCAUCCCAGAGGAGUCUAAAAAAAAAAAGAGAGAAUAAACGACAAGUCUUGUCUUUCAAUUUGGUGUUUAUUUUAUUUUUUCCAUUUUGUUGAAGGAUUUCUAUGUUUUGUUUUGUUUUUUUGUACAAAAAAAAAAUAAUAAGGCAAUUCCAGUAUUCGCUUUUGUAACAUAGUGUAAAAAUGUUAUUUGGACUAUUUAUUGUUAACAUUAAAAUUAAAUGUUGAGGCGGCAUCUGAAAAGGAAAAUAAGCCUAUUAUAAGUUUUCAGUUUGUAAAAGGUGUUUUUAUUCUGUGUAUAAAGAUAGUUAUAAAAACCUG